CGGCUGGACACGACAGAUAUGAUGUCCUAUCCCUAUGCGGCACACUGAAUCUGAUCACGAGUUGAGCCGGAUUGAGUGGAGAAAGACCCUGAGGUCCUGGGUUGGUCGUGUGCCAGGGUAUUGAACCGUCUCAUCAUCUGUGCCGCCUGCCCUGUCACGGGUGCCCGCCGGGCUCGAGUUCUCCUGAAACUAUCCUCCCCUUCUCAGCGGCGCCUCGCCAUGUCACCGCCUAGCGACACGCAGACCGGCCUCAAGAACUAUCCGUCCCUCGAUCUCGCGUUCUCUCCUGGCGCCGGCGAAUCCGAAGUCCAUCUCGCCCAGCCCGAUCUCAAGCUGGAAAAUGCCAAUGAGACACUGGACAGCAUUACAGCCGCCCACGGCAUGGGGGAUGCGGCGCAGUUUGCCGAUUUCCCAUUCUCAUACCAGGGCUCGCUCGAUGACUCGCCGAUGAGUGGCCUGCCACACAGUUUCGAUGACCACGGGCCAGACGUGUUCGCGACGCCUCAGCCGACAUCCAUCUCGCCGAUGCAGGACCGACAGGACUCGGUAGCUUCUAUCGUCGUUCAAACCGGAUAUGGCCCUGCUAACGGGCAACGACCGAGCCCCGGCGGGUCCGACAAUGGGACGCCGGACAGCAAUGGGAACGGCGCCAAUUCACUGGAGGAGCCGAUGUCGGAUGAGUUUGGCCUGGCAACUGGUGGGAUGGCGGACGGGACGGACUUGGGUGGGAAGAAAGGGGAGAAAUCGGAUGCCGCGCCGGCGUGGAGCGAACUGAAAACCAAGGCAGGCAAAGAGCGCAAGCGGUUGCCCCUGGCCUGCAUAGCAUGCCGUCGCAAAAAGAUCCGCUGCUCCGGCGAGAAGCCCGCUUGCAAGCACUGCCUCCGGUCGCGCAUCCCCUGCGUCUACAAAGUCACGGCCCGCAAGGCCGCCCCUAGGACGGACUACAUGGCGAUGCUGGAUAAGCGGUUGAAGCGGAUGGAGGAACGCAUCAUCAAGAUUGUGCCGAAAGCGGAGCAGGAUGCAAUUUCGUCGACCGUGACCCGAGCUGUCGUCAAACCCGCGAUCCCCGGCACGCUGCCAGGCGGUGGAAAGGCCGCAGUGAAGAAGCGCGGCGCUGAUGAGGCCUUCGGUCCGGACCUAGACCACUGGGCGCGCGCUCCAUCGAGGUCAAAGCUGGACGGGCCGAACAAGCCGUCGACUAUUCUUGUGCAGGAGGCCGAGGAAAGCAAGCUCCUUCUGGAAGGGGGCGAUGCUCUCCCUUCCAAGGAGAUCCAAGAGCAUCUCGCCGAGGUAUUUUUUGAGAACAUCUACGGCCAAGCCUACCAUCUCCUCCACAAGCCUAGCUAUAUGAGGAAGCUCAAAGCUGGCACACUGCCCCCGGUGCUGGUGCUCUCCGUCUGCGCGAUAGCGGCGCGCUUUUCUAAUCACCCGAAGCUCAAUACGAAUCCGAACUUCCUCCGCGGAGAGGAAUGGGCAUCCGUAGCGCGCGACAUCCUGACGAAACGAUACGAGUGGCCUAACAUCACUAUCCUGACCUGCCUGCUAAUUUUGGGCUUGCACGAGUUUGGUACAUGCCACGGGGGGCGGAGUUGGUCGUUGGGAGGGCAGGCGAUCCGCAUGGCUUUUGCCCUGCAGCUCCACAAGGACCUAGAGCACGACCCUCUGCGGAUACCGGGCAAGACGCAGCUCAGCUUCAUCGACCGCGAAAUCCGCAGACGAACGAUGUGGGCCUGCUUCCUGAUGGACCGGUUCAACUCGUCAGGGACGGACAGGCCGACCUUCAUCCGGGAAGAGACGUUGAAGAUCCCGCUGCCCAUCAAGGAGAAGAACUUCCAGUAUGACCUCCCAGGCCCCACCGAGACGCUCAGCGGACAGGUCCUAGAGCAGAUCUCCGAGGACCGGCCCAGUGAAGCCAAGGACAAUAUGGGAGUCGCAGCCUGGAUGAUCAAGGUGAUCGCCUUGUGGGGACGCAUCAUCAAUUACCUUAACCAGGGCGGGAAGGAGCUGGAUCCCCAUCCAAUGUGGAGUCCGGAUUCGGAGUACACCAGGCUCCUGAAGCAGACCGAGGACUUCCUGACCGAGCUGCCCGAGUCGCUGGCGUACACGCCCGAAAACCUGAAAGUGCAUGAGACGGACAAUAUGGCGAACCAGUUCCUCUUCCUGCAUAUCUCGAUCCAGCAGAACAUCCUCUUCAUGAACAGGUUCGCCGUCUCGUCGCCCAACGGGCAUUCGCUCCAAGACGUACCGAAAGCAUUCGUGACGAAGGCGGGUGCCAAGGCGUUCGCGGCCGCGAACAGGAUAUCCGAGCUGCUCAAAGACGCCGAGGCCCACUUCAUUACCGCGCCGUUUACCGGGUAUUGUGCAUUCUUGUCGAGCACUGUCCAUAUCUUCGGCAUCUUCUCCGGGAACCCCGCGAUGGAGGCGACCUCGAAACGGAACCUGGCCACCAACGUCAGGUUCCUGUCCAAGAUGAAGCGGUACUGGGGCAUGUUCCACUUCAUGUCCGAGAACCUCCGCGAGCAGUACCGCACCUGCGCCGACGCCGCAAGGCAAGGGAACAAUCCGGCGAACGACAGCGCGUCGUCGCCGAUCUUCCAGUACGGCGACUGGUUUGACCGCUAUCCACACGGCGUGUCGCAGUCCGACUUCCUUGACCCGGCCGCUUACAAAAAGAAAGAGAAAGGAGAGGACGCGGUCCUCGAGCAGAAGCCGGAACUCCACACAGUCGAGGAGUUCUUCACCACUCUCUCCCCGCAAAGCGCCGAGAACGCGGCGGCGGCGGCAGCGGCAGCGGCAGUAGCAGCAGCGAACGGCGCCCCCCGUCCAGGCCAGCCCAGCGCCGCCGCCCAACACAAGCGCAAGUCCAUCGUCCGUAAGCCGAGCAUCAGCUCCCGCGGCGGCGGUGGUGCCGGGUCCGACCAGGGCCUGGAACCGCUGCAAACAGACUUUGCCCGCGCGACGGCAGAACAGCUCCACGCGGCGCGCCUCCACCAACGGUCCUUCUCCAACGCCAACCCCAACGGCGGCGUACCCACUACCGGCGCCCCUCCGGGCUCCUUCAACCCCCUCGCCGGCCCGGGCGGGCCCUACCACGCAUCCGCCCUCUCCCCCGUCUCCCCCGUCGCCUUCGCCCACCCGCAUCACCACCACCAUCCGCCAUCGCACUCCUUCUUCUCCCCCGACCCCUUCGCCAUGCCGCUCGCCGCAGCACACGGCAUGUCCCGCCUGGACCGGCAGCUGGUCUUCGGCGCCUACGGCGUGUCGGGCCACGCGGUCGACCACCCGCACCACCACGGCCUCGGCGGCCUUGCCGGUGGAGGUUGGCCGGGAGGCGGCGAGGGUUCGGGCCCCGACGGUCGCGACGCCAGGCACGCGCACCCCGGACACGGACACGGACACCACCCGCACCCGGCGGACGCGGCGCUGCACGCUGCGUUUGGCGAGCCCAGUUCCGCGUGGUUCAUGCCCUUCAACAUGGAGCCGCCUGAGAUUGGGCCGGAGUCGUUGGGGGUUGGUGGGGGCUUGGGCGGCGGGUUGGAUGGGUUUGCCAAUCUGUUUGGCGGCGGUGGAGGUGGUGGAGGUGGGAUGCAUCAUCAUUGAUCAAAACCAUCAGGUUGAUAAAGAACCCAUGGGGCCAAGAGUUAGAGGACAUCGCGGUUCUCGUUCUAGCUUCAUUUGGUUUUCUUCUUGGGUGAUCGAUAUAUUGCCCCUUCAAAAGCCACCCUAGAGGGCAUGGAAGAAGAAGCUAUGUCCCCUUGCCCAAAUCCUG